AAUCUCACCACCCAGCAAUGAGGUAUUUUACUGCUGUCUCGAGAUCAAAUUAUUACUGUAGAGAAGAUUUUUAUUUUUUCUGUUUCAUUAACAGAUUAUUAUAAAGCAAUAAGCAUGCAGGAAGAGAAGCAGACGUUUUACACUGGGAAUUAAUGAAAGCAUGUCUGUUCGUUUUGGAUUGGUUAGGGGGUUGUCGCUUAAAAUCUUAUACCAGCCCUCCAACAAAACUCUUCGGAAAUGGUAAAAUAAGAAAAUGCAUGAUUCUAGAGGCAACCCUAAGCUCCCAUGUGUCAGGUUAUGUGGUGUCUGUGAUAUCAUCGGACCCUUUGGACUGGUUAGGGCUUAUUGAGAGCUCCAUUUCUGGAAAGCCUUUCAAGACUGAGGAAUAUCAGACUGCGAACCACCGGGAACGGUUCCCUUGCAGCACAGAAGCAAUCUCUCUCCCCAUCUUCGCAUAUUCUGAUGGCAAAUCAAAUGGAAGAAAAGAGGAAACAUGACUGCAGAUCGGAUCGGUUCUCUUUGUGGAUUACAUGUUCAGUAAAAUGUAUGGAUCUAUCUUUUCCUUGUUCUUAUAUCUAGAUCAUGAGACUUGACUGAGGCUGUAUCCUUAUCCUCCAUCCAUCUAUGGCGAACUAUAGCCAUGCAGCUGACAACAUUUUGCAAAAUCUCUCGCCUCUAACAGCCUUUCUAAAACUGACUUCCUUGGGUUUCAUAAUAGGAGUCAGCGUAGUGGGCAACCUCCUGAUCUCCAUUUUGCUAGUGAAAGAUAAAACCUUGCAUAGAGCACCUUACUACUUCCUGUUGGAUCUUUGCUGUUCAGAUAUCCUCAGAUCUGCAAUUUGUUUUCCAUUUGUAUUCAACUCUGUCAAAAAUGGCUCCACCUGGACUUAUGGGACACUGACUUGCAAAGUGAUUGCCUUUCUGGGGGUGUUGUCCUGUUUCCACACUGCUUUCAUGCUCUUCUGCAUCAGUGUCACCAGAUACUUAGCUAUCGCCCAUCACCGCUUCUAUACAAAGAGGCUGACCUUUUGGACGUGUCUGGCUGUGAUCUGUAUGGUGUGGACUCUGUCUGUGGCCAUGGCAUUCCCCCCAGUGUUAGACGUGGGCACUUACUCAUUCAUUAGGGAGGAAGAUCAAUGCACCUUCCAACAUCGCUCCUUCAGGGCUAAUGAUUCCUUAGGAUUUAUGCUGCUCCUUGCUCUCAUCCUCCUAGCCACACAGCUUGUCUACCUCAAGCUGAUAUUUUUUGUCCAUGAUCGAAGGAAAAUGAAGCCAGUCCAGUUUGUAGCAGCCGUCAGCCAGAAUUGGACUUUUCAUGGUCCUGGAGCCAGUGGCCAGGCAGCUGCCAAUUGGUUGGCAGGAUUUGGAAGGGGUCCCACACCACCCACCUUGCUGGGCAUCAGGCAAAACGCAAACACCACGGGCAGAAGAAGGCUAUUGGUCUUAGACGAGUUCAAAAUGGAGAAAAGAAUCAGCAGAAUGUUCUACAUAAUGACUUUUCUCUUUCUAACCUUGUGGGGCCCCUACCUGGUGGCCUGUUAUUGGAGAGUUUUUGCAAGAGGGCCUGUAGUACCAGGGGGAUUUCUAACAGCUGCUGUCUGGAUGAGUUUUGCCCAAGCAGGAAUCAAUCCUUUUGUCUGCAUUUUCUCCAACAGGGAGCUGAGGCGCUGUUUCAGCACAACCCUUCUUUACUGCAGAAAAUCCAGGUUACCAAGGGAACCUUACUGUGUUAUAUGAGGGAGCAUCUGUAAAUCUUUAGCCUUGUGAAACACUAACCUUCUCUGCUGAGCAGUUGUGGCCUGUAGCCAUAUCUUGAGAAGAAAUUCAAGAAUGGGAUCAGCAGUUAUAAGGAUUUGGGCAACAUUCUGCAGUCUUUGCAAUAGUUCACCUAUAAUCCUACUUUAAAUCUCAGAGUGAUCCUGCUGACUGCCGACGAAGGUUUGUAAUUAAGAAAGGACUGAACCACUGCCCUAAGUUUCUUUAUGUGGUCAAAAACUAGAUAAUGAAAGUAGCAGGUGCUAAGUAUCAGUGCUAAAUGCUGUGUAUAUCACUACAUAUGAAAAAAACAUCAAAAAAAUUAGCAUUGGACAUCUUAAUAAAUUAAGUUGACAUGAGGUAAAUGUGUUGAUAAAAACUAAUUUUAGAAGUUUGAAGACUUUAAAACAUUUCAUACUAUUAUUGUUUUGCAGAGACUAAUAUAUUUGGGGACUUAAAGUACUGUAAUCCACUAAAGACGUGCCAUGAAUUAUUGGAAUAUCACACUUAAAAAACCGCCUUGUAAGUUUUGGGGAGCAUUCCAAAGCAGUAUAUUGGUUCCAAUUACAGUUUACUUUUUUUGUAUUAAUACAUUACUAUUUCUAAAUACCACUUUCCUUAUCUACUAGUGAAAUUGCUAGCAUUGAACUGUAUUAUGUGGUUUUUGUUGAUUUGGUAUAAAGUUUUUCCAAUUCAUUUAUAUUUUACAAAUGCUAGAUGUUGGUAUGGGAGGCAACAUUUAUGGUACCAGUCGGUCACAAUUGAGUAGUUCUAAUAAUACAGAAUAAACACAUGUUGCCUUAAGGGGUUAUCUAGUAUCCUUCAUCUUACUUAGCAUUGGAGCAAAUAGUCAAGGGAAAUCAAAUCAGUAACUGGUCAUGGUCAUGCAUUUGGAAGUGCAUGGAAGAUCAUUUAAUACUCUUUUUCAUUUUUCCUCACAUGGUUUGAAAAUUAAAGUGCACAUCACUAAAAUAAAAAGAUUUUCUUCUGAGGUGUGCUACCUAUUCUAGAGUGUUCUAAGAAGCAGGCAGUUGCUGUAUGUUUAUAUUUUAAGUCAGCUGUCAAGGGGAGACCACAGCCUUAGUAUGACAUCCUGCACAAUUUGUGAAGCAUUUAUUCUACAGAAGGCACAGUCUUGUUUAUACUUUCUGCACAUUCAGUGUAUUGGUCGUUUAAAUUAUUUCAGUUUUAACUUGUGAAAGCUUAUAAUAUGAUUUCUGGUAUUUUAGAAAUACAUUAGAGUCUGUGAGUCUCAUUCUUUAAGAUACAGAUGUGUGAACUUCAAUAUAAAGUUGCAUUUGCCAAAAUUUACCUGUGUAGCCUGUUAAUUUCCUUGGAAUAAGUUAAACAUUUUUGGCACAUAACAAUUUUUUUUUAAUCUGGCAGGCAAGCACAAAUUAGGAAGAGUAGCUUUGUUAUGGUUUUGUUUUUGAUUUUUGUAGCUACUAUAUUCUGGAACUGGAAAUGUAUAGAAUUAUUGUGAACAUAAAGCUGAUAAACUGACAUAAUAUUAUCUGUAAAAGUAUGAUUUGGUAGCUUAUCAUAAUCAUCCCUGUGUUCUUACAUGCCAGUAGAAUUUAGAGAUAUAUACCUGCUUGGUUGGUUCCAAAUUUUAAUAUAAAUAUCACCCUUUAAUUUGGAGCAUAGUACAAUGGAAAUUUGAGGUUCUAAAUAUGUUACUUGUAAGAAUGGUUUACAAUAACGUGACACAACCUGAAAAAGUUAUUUUUGUUUGCUUUCUGUUGUUUUCUUUGUUUUGUUUUGUUUGUGAGUUUUUGUUAUUUUUUUUUUUUUUUUAGUAUUUGAAAAAUAAGAUUAGGAAUCUAAUGGAACAGAAUUCCUUAUUGCUAUAAUACUUCUGUAAAGAGAAUACAUAAGGAAAAAUAAAUCAAUGAAAUGUUUCACUGAUAUAUGCAACUAUUCAGUUUUGCUCAUAAUGAGGACAGUUUGAGCCAUGAUUUAGUGAACAUUUUGACUUUAUUUUUACUUUACACCAAAGUUGAUUGGAUCUGAGACACAGUUUAGUGCACAAUAGUGAAUUGGACCUAGUUAUAAACUCUCCUUGUUACUAAAAUCAUUAUCUAACAUACAAUAAAGGAAAUGUUAUCAAAAAGAUGUUCUGAGAACACUGUUUCCAACUCAAAAAAAUUACAGUAGAGACCUAAUUACAAUGAUUAUACUUAUGAAGAACUUUGCUUAGAGUUCACCAGCAACCAGUAGAAAAUUCAGCAAUAAUCUUAAGACCUGAAAGAAUAAGUUUCGCCAACACUAUCCUCCAUUGUGUAGAUAAGAAAACUGAGGUAUGGAUUAAGAAAGGGGGCUUGAGAUGUCAAGCACAAGGGCCAAGUGAAGCUGCUGGCCUCUACCUAAAUAUUUGGAGUAAUAGAGUUCAACGUCUUUGGUAAGUGACUAGCCCCAGCAAUCAAUAAGAGAGGCUGAAGUGUAGUGACUACUAUUUAAGCCUAUUCCUGACUAACUUGGCAUUUAAGGUAGGGGAGAAGCAGUGGACAAGACAUAUUCCCAGUAAAUCAGUUCCAUUUUUAAGUCAAUGAGCAAUAGUAGUAAUCAUACAAAAUAAAAGUGCUUCAGUGUCUUAAUGACCAAAUCACAUUGUCUAUUUUGGCAUCCAUUCCAAAAUAUAGUAUUGGAUGUUACUAAUCUUCAACCCAUAAAAAAUAUAUUCCCACUGGUGUGUCAACUUCCCUAUGAGAAAGACUCAUUAUCAAUGAUAAUGUGUCCCUCUUGGACUAAUUACAGAUCUGAACUGAAUAGUCUUUAAAUUGUUUUUCAUAAUGGCGGUGAUGUGUUUGGAUGGAUGCAUUUUUACUAUCUCACCUGGUUCCAUUUGUGCACAGUGUAUUUGUGAGAUGCCUUGUUGAAGCUAGACAUUCAGUCUGUGACUGUGGAAUCCUAUACAGAUAUUAACUAAAGCAGGAGGUGAGUAACUUGCCCAGUUCCCCCUAGAAGUCUCAUUUAGUAACACAAAAUUAACUAUAGUGAUUAGAUGAAAAAAAUUUUUGUAGAUAGGACAACCUAUUGACUGAAUUACCUCUAUCAAAUGUUAGUCGGUUGGAUUUCAACUCCAGCAUUUUCUAUAAAAGUUAACAGAUUUGUCAUUGUUAACACAUGGAUAUGGCCACUUGGAUUCAUGGCCUGUACUUC